AACACGCACACUAAUGGACUGUGGACCUCCGCUCGCUCUGUCACUCUUCUUAAGGGUGUUUAUGAUUUCUGCCACAGCAUCAGCAGUCAACCUUGAAGGGGAACUUUUCAAAGAUCUGAUGAAGGGCUACAACAAGAACGUGCGUCCCAUGGAGAAGAGCGGUGACAUCACCCAGGUCGACAUCAAGAUGACGCUCACCAACCUCAUUUCUCUGAAUGAAAAGGAGGAGGCAUUGACAACCAGCGUCUGGAUAGAAAUGCAAUGGUGUGACUACAGGCUGAGAUGGGACCAGCCGCCCAGGUCGGCUUUGUACGGGAACAUCACCUCUCAGCUACGGGUUCCUUCUAAGAGCAUCUGGCUGCCUGACGUCAUCCUGGAGAACAAUGUGGAUGGACAGUUUGAGGUAGCAUAUUACUGCAAUGCUCUGGUGUCUUCUGAUGGCUGUGUGUACUGGCUACCUCCUGCCAUCUACCGCAGUGCUUGUUCUAUCACUGUCAACUACUUCCCCUUCGACUGGCAGAACUGCACCAUGAUCUUUCGCUCUCAGACUUACAGCGCCAAUGAGAUCAAACUGGUUCUCAAAGAGGAAGAUAACCACACGCUGGAGUGGGUAGAUAUUGACCCAGAGGCUUUCACAGAAAAUGGAGAGUGGGCCAUUAAACACCGGCCGGCUAAGAAAUUGAUCAACAAUCAGUACACUAAGGAUGAGCUGGGGUACCAGGAGGUGGUCUUCUUCCUCGUCAUCCAGAGGAAACCCCUCUUCUACAUCAUCAACAUUAUCGCUCCCUGUGUGCUCUUCUCCUCCCUCUGCCUCCUCGUUUUCUACUUACCUGCCAAAGCUGGUGGUCAGAAGUGCACCAUGUCUAUCGCCACUCUUCUGGGCCAGACUGUGUUCCUCUUCCUCAUCGCUAAGAAGGUUCCAGAGACUUCAAGGGCUGUGCCUCUUAUUGGAAAGUAUUUGAUGUUUGUGAUGUCAGUGACCACCAUGGUGGUGAUGAACUGUGUGAUUGUCCUCAACGUCUCCCUGAGAACCCCGAACACUCACAUAUUGACAGACAGAGUCCGAAAGAUCCUCCUGAACACCCUACCUAAGCUGCUGAGGAUGCAGAUGAGACCCUGGACACCAAACAAUGACAACAACUCAGGAACAAUUGGAAACAGUGACACUCAGACUGCAGACAGAAAUGGCAUGUUCCUGGUCCCCUGCAGACGCCGCAGCUCCAUGACCCUCAUCACCAAGGCGGAGGAAUACGUCAUGAAAACAGCUCGCUCUGAACUCAUGUUUGCCAGACUCAAAGAAAGAAAUGGAUUGAUGAAAACAGUGUUAGAGAAGCUGCAUGACGGGCUGGAGGAGGGUACAGCUGAGCAGCUUAGUGCCAGUCUGGCGAGAGCAUCUCCACAGCUGAGGCAGUGUGUUACCUCCUGUAAACACAUCGCUGAGACUGCGAGACAACAAAACAACUUCCAGAAUGAAAACGAAGAGUGGUUUUUGGUUGCCCGGGUGAUCGACAGGGCUUGCUUUAUCGUCAUGGCAUCCGUGUUUUUCAUUGGCACCAUCGGCAUCUUCCUGAUGGGUCAUUUCAACCAGCCGCCCCUUUCUCCGUUCCCAGGGGAUCCCAAGAAGUAUCUCCCUCCCAUGAACAAUCUCACUGAUCUAACCCAGAGUGGUACUGCAGCUGAGUUAUUAGAGUGAGCAGAAGUACAUGGUUUUAUUUUCUUAAACUGCAGUGGAAAUGUGGCCUCAUACGUCAGCGAUCUUCCACUAUAUGGCUGCAGCACAGAGAGGAGAUACAGCUGUGUGUUUUUCUCUUACGGUAAUGUUUGAGCUACCACAUAACUGCUUGUCCAUGGUGAUGAAGGAUCUGCUGCACAGUGCACGGUUUGGAGGGCACAUGUUAUGUGAUGGCGCAUUUUUUAAUCAGUCAUGAUUGAUUUUUAAGAUUGAGAGUAUUAUGCAUUAAAUGCUGUGCAAGACAAAAGAGGAGUUUCCAAUGCUCUCCCUGUUAGCAGCUCACUGUUUGCUCUAUCUUCACUUUAUUUAUUCCUAUCGAUUUUAUUUAUAUCUAUCUGUUUUAUUAAGGCUACCAUGAUUUAUUAAGAGGCCUCAGAUGAUCACAACUGUGCACAAGCAAAAAAGUGCAUAAAAGUAAUCUUGUGAUUGCACAGCCUUAAAGAUACCCUGUGUUGUAUUUACUGACUUGUUCAUUUGAUGUUAUUUUUUUCCUGCCAGACUGAAAAUUGUGUUACCAUGCUGUUACAACUUGAAA